AUGACCUUGGCUCGCACACAAAGUGGACCCGGCGGACUCAGCAUCAAUACCAACUCUGCCAAUUCAAUACCUGGCUCAGUUACAACAUCUGCAACCGGCGGAAUGUUUGCAGGCUCUACGACAACAUCUGCUCCGCAGACGGGUGGGCUCUUUGGAUCCGCAGCGGCGACGAGUGCACCAGCGGCAGGAGGAUUAUUUGGAGCAGCACCAGCUCCAGCGACAGGAGGAUUGUUUGGAGGAGCAGGGACGGCUACUACUCAACCGCAAGCUGUAGGGGGACUCUUUGGAUCGGCCGCGACGACGACACAACCGCAGACUGGGGGGUUAUUUGGAACCGCGCAAACUCAGUCGACUGGGGGGCUAUUUGGAAAUGCCUCUUCUACGCAGCCAGCCCAGACGGGUGGACUGUUCGGGGCUUCAACUGCAGCAUCCCAACCUCAGCAAGCUGGCGGCCUCUUUGGCGCAGCUGCUACGGCAGCUCCAGCUCAAAACAGUGCUUCUGGUGGUGGGCUUUUCGCUAGUCUAAAUGCCAACCAGAACAAGCCAGCAGGAUCUAUGUUUGGCGGAAGCACAGCGCAAAAUCAACAAUCCCAAAACCAGCAACAGCCCAACUCUAUGUCUAACCAAAAUCAAGGCUCGGGUCUAUUUGGUGCUCCCUUAGGCGGCGGACUCUCUCUAGGACAAUCUACAAACCAACAACCUCAAACCGUGCCCGGAGUCCGAAUCGAUGCCAGCCAGAUCCGAGGCACAACCCGUUUCAACGACCUCCAUGACGAGCUGCAAAAGCAAAUAACCCUCUUUGACAAUGUCAUCCAAGGGCAAAUUAGACUCAAGGCCGACUGUGACGCCAUUAUGCCCGCGCACGACAACCAACUCGCCCAGAUUCCCAACGAUGUGGAGUUCUGUCGCCGGAAACUCAUUGGAGUAGAGAACUCGCAAGAUUCUGACGCACAAGCCAUCUCCGUUGUCGGACGCUUCAUCAAAGUCGAUGCCGAGCACGCAAAGCUAAGCUUCAAAGCCAUCGAUAACUUGAAACUGCCUCCGCAAUACCACAAUCAAGGCGUUUGGGCGCAGAAUUCUACUUCAAACAGCAACGGAGGAGCCGAGAACGGGGAUUCGGAUGCGCAGGAUAUCGUUAGCUUUUUUGCGAAUACUGCUGAUGAACUGGCUGCUACGCUCAACACCUACCAUAAACACAUUGUUGAAAUAGAACAGCAUCUGAGAUCUGUGGAAGCCAACAGCGCGCAGCAAAUCAAUGCAUUGGUAGCGAAGCGAAACGGCAUGUCUACUGGCCAAGAAGACCACGAAGGCGAGCUAUUCGGCGUACUGCGAGAUUUCGAGGGCGGGCUGUUGAGUGUGGCCGGCAAGAUUGGGGGGUCGAGAGAAGGUGUUAGAAGCUUGCAGCUAGGACAAUUUCAUUCUGGGCAGAGGCAAUCGGAGUCUGGUGUUCAGGCUGUCAUACUGCAUGAGAGCGAGGAUGGGCGAGCAUCUACCGUAGGUGUGGUAGAAAUCACGCUUUUGAUUAUGCAGUCUGCGCAAUCGUUAAUGACGAUGUCGAGAGAUAUUCUGUGCUCUCUUGACGAGUUCCUGCCCUUCUCGGUUGUGACCCCCCACCGGACCACGUGUUCGAGUCGACAAUUUCGCUUCUCUUCCAUCUUCUAUCUUCCUUCUCACAUUUUCAUCUCCAUCUCUAUUCCUAUCUCUAUCCCGAUAUUUCGCAGCUUCUUCCGCGACUUCUUCCGCAACUUCUGUAUGAUUAGACCCUCAUUUAGGCCUCGUCCCCGACCACAUGAACAUAUGCGGGAGGCCAUGGAUGAUUCUUCCAAAAUCCAGAUGCUCGAGGCAGUCCCAUACGCCAUGGAGCGUUUCCUCGAGGCUCCAUUGCCACAGGUCCUUUCGGCACCACCAGACAUGCACCCACAAUCAAGUGAGCACGAAGAGGAUGAGCUCCCCCCACUGCUCUAUGCUCGCCAGCAUGGACUUUGUCGUGAUUACCUCCAGGCUCCUCUGGGAUGGUCUGAUCUUCAGGACCUCCAGAGAAAAGCAGCUGGCGCCGUUUACGAGGAUUCCAACCUUCCGCUCUUUAAUUUUGGUGCGGAGCUUAAGAUUGAAGAGCGCCUGACUUGCUCGAAGGAGGCAGCUGUGAUUUUGUCGUGGGUCGCAAAUGAGACCUUUGCAAAAGAUGGCGACGCUCUCAUCAACGCCCACUUCAACGCUCCCAGCAGCAACCGGAUCCAAAAAUUGGAACUUCCCCUGCUGAGGACUGACCACGAAACUGACUGUAGAGACUUUGCCAAUAGAGAGGGAUUCGAGAUCAAGCUUCGCGAUGUCAAACUUCCCCUGGAGGCCGUUAGGGAUGAAGAGGGCCUUGACUGGACAUCGAAGUUUGCGCAUCUAGGUGCUGAGGUAUCACAGGAGCUGAAGCAAGAGAGAAUCGGCAUUACCAGAGAUACGAUGAGUUUCCUGCAGCAAUCCCUGGCCGUUUUCCUGACGGAAGACGACGAGAAGAGCCUGUGGGAUACGCAGCAGACAUACAAGAGGAAAACUAUUUUCGAGCCUAUCACCCCUCCACUUUCGCCAUUGCCUGUCAAGCCUGAGCCCUUCGAACCCGCUGAAGAUGACCCAGCAUUUCAUGUUCCAAUCCUCUCCGAUGCCAUCUCACCAACUAAACAGGAUCUUGAGGCAAUCGAGAAAGAGCUAUUCCAACAGGACAUCCCGACUCCGCCCCGACUGAUAGUACAGCCUAGCCUGAACAAUUUAGAUAGCAGUUCGGGGACGAUGAGCCUAGAAGAGGUUUAUCCACCACUGGCGUCUCUUGAUAACAGUCCGAAGAUCAAAGAAGAAAAGAGGGUCAAGCUGGGAGAUCUCAAGGUGGAGGAGCCAAUGACACCAAAAAUGCGGGCUCCGACUCACAAAUUUGUUCGCUUCAGCAAUAUCAUUGAGCAGCUAGAUAUCAAGCCAAGCAGCAGCCCACGUACGCCUCCUGGUACGAGCACCUUUUUCAAAGAGGUAUUCGGACCUGCAUACGAAAGUGUGAACCAGCAACUUGAGCAAGAAACGCUUAUUCGAGCCGACACCACAGCCAGAGUCGACGUUCGUGUCAUGGACUUUCGAAAGCCAGAUCCACCGUGGCAUAAAUUUGACCAGAUCAAGGAGCCGUCAGCACUGCUGGAGUUGCAGAAGUCCUUCAUUCGAGAAACGGUUAGAAGCAUACCCACUUGGCCCGGAUCUGGGAAAAGAGAUAGCAGUCUACCGUGGUCUCCCUUCACUUCCGAAUUUGCAAAGCUUGCUCUCGAAGAGGAGUAUCAGGACAAUAAUAGCACUUGGAAACCGUUCGUGAAAGAUGACCAGGAUGCUAUCGACAGCUCAAGUCUGAUCUGGAAGCAACCCGGACUGAAGAUCCUGAGAGAUGGCAAAGACGACGACGACGACGAGAUCGAGCCUGGUCAAAUCCAAACAGACUCUCCUCAAGACUUGUCGUUCAUCGUCAAGAAAAGGAAGAUGGAGUUGCAAGAGCGAGACAACUUCAGAAAGAACAACCCCGUUGAGGGUAAUAAUGUCCCAGCGGUAUCUGGGUUUACUCCAAUCAAUAAGCCAAAGCAUUCUGCUUCCACUAGUAAUUCAGCGACGGGGCAGCUUGUUAGCGGCGAGCUGGGAAUGCUAGGGAGCCAGUUCUCGGCAGAAGCCUCUCUCAACCACUACCUUGAACUUCGUGGAGCGAAGAGACCGAAGCUUACAGACAGUAUCUACUUUGGAAGUACCACCAAGGCUCUUGUACCGGGAAGUCAGCCAUUGAUAGUCGCCACUCCUCAGCAGGCAGGCAUACCGAUCCGAACAUCUCCCCUCAUGAAACAAGAGAAGUUGCCUAUCCCGAUCAUAGCUCCAUCCAACACGGCAGCCAACAUCAUCAUCUCGUCCACACUGCUCAAGAACCGCGCCUUGAUCAAGCAUAUUGAGAGCCAGCUCCCCUCCCUCAAGCUCGUCGAGCGAGACUUUACAGCCCACAACACCAGCACCUGGAUGCCCGGCUCCGUGACCCGCUCCCCCGUGAAAUCACCGCUCGACUCGGAAGCCGAUCUCAUCCUCUCCCCCACCACCGGCAUCAUCCUCACCACGCUGCAGAAGAUCAAGCAGCGGGCCCUCCCUGGCCAGUCGCAGAAGUCCAAGCCUGCGAUCCGCGAGCGGCUGGAGAGAGUCUGCCCGAGAUACGAGAAGCUCGUCGUGUUCGUCAGCGAGGGGAACCUGGACGAGAGCACCAACGGACUGGACGACAGCGAUUGCCUCGCCCUGGCGGAGUUCAUCGGCUUCGCCUCGGCCUUCGAGACCGCUGUAGGCGUGCACUUUGUUGGAGGCGGCGAUGCGACGCUGGCCCGGUGGAUUGCGAGUGUUGUCGUGCAGCAUCCUGCGGACACGGAGUUGUUACCUGAAGAAACACACUGGGAAAUGUUCCUCCGACGGGCGGGAUUGAAUGCCUUUGCGGCCCAGGCAGUCAGUGCUGAUCUCAAGGCCCCGGAAGGUGUAAAUGUGGCCAGUCCCAGUCAGGCCGAACGAUUCGGGCUCGCGGCUUUCAUGAAGAUGGGCAGGCAAGAGCGCAUCACGAGGCUGGGUGGUCAUGUUGGACGGAGGGUGUUGGAGAGGGUUGGUGCGGCUAUCGAUACUGCUUGGGAGUGA